CACAGUCCAGUCCAGUCCUGCCUCUGCAAACACAGCCUGGAAACGCGGGCACCUUACGCAUCAAGGGUCCCAUCCUUUGGAUAAUAAACCAACAAUCGUCGGGAGCGCUUUUUUUCUAUUUGGAGGUCCACCCUGGAAAGGUUGUGAUCAGUGGCGUACUCAGCAGCAUACUCAUGUCAGACGAGGUCAGACCCGCAGUAAAAGCACUUUAGGUGGGACAGCGGUGGAAGACAGCAUUGCAUUUAGCUGGUGGAGCGAGGACCAGGAACUCAGGGAAAUGUCCAACAACACUGGAAGAGGUCAUGGGGGUCCUAACCAACUAGGUGGAAUGUUUGUUAAUGGCCGCCCGCUUCCGGAGGUGAUCCGGCAACGCAUCGUGGACAUGGCCCACCAGGGGGUCAGGCCCUGCGACAUCUCCCGGCAGCUCCGAGUCAGCCACGGCUGCGUCAGCAAGAUCCUGGGACGCUACUAUGAGACAGGCAGCAUCAAGCCCGGCGUCAUUGGAGGUUCUAAGCCUAAGGUGGCAACUCCAAAGGUUGUGGAGAAGAUUGCUGAGUACAAGAGACAAAAUCCCACAAUGUUUGCCUGGGAAAUCAGGGACCGACUGUUGUCAGAGGGUGUGUGCGACAGCGACACAGUGCCCAGCGUGAGCUCCAUUAACAGAAUAAUUCGAACAAAGGUCCAGCAGCCUUUUAAUCUACCCUUGGAUGGAAAGGGCCUUAGUCCUGGACAAACGUUAAUACCGAGCUCAGCCGUCACCCCUCCAGAGUCUCCCCAUUCAGACUCAGUGGGUUCCACAUACUCCAUCAACGGCUUAUUAGGUAUCCCUCCACCCAACGCUGAUGGCAAGAGGAGCCAUGACGACAGCGACCAGGACAGCUGUCGACACAGUGUGGACUCUCAGGGAAGCGGAAGUGUUCCAAGGAAACGGAUGAGACUGGAUCACUUCCCCACAGCAACGCAACACCUGGACUGCGGAUUUGAUCGGCAUCACUAUCCACCUGAUUCCUUUAGCUCCCCCUCCAGCAGUAAAACAGAACAGACUUUGUACCCACUGUCACUCAUCAAUGGCACCCUAGACGAGGCCAAGACCAGCCUCUCAACGCCCAGCUCUAUCAUUGGACGGAAUCUCUCGGCACACCAGAGUUACACCAUGGUAACAGAGCCCCUACAGACACUGCAGCGCUGUCUAAAACAGGAAAUGUCCCCAGAAGUGACCAACGCAAGCCCUUCACCGAACUUUGCAGCGUCCAACCUGGCAUUUGUGGACCUGCAAACGCUGCAGAAACCUGUUUCUCUCAGUAGCAGCUGCAACAGCAGCAGCAGUAGCACCUCCAACCAUUUCCCUAACGCCUUCAACUCAUUGUCCCAUCAUCCACCAGCGUAUGGGCAGUUCAGCAGUCAGUCUGUCAUCUCAGGGCGUGACAUGAUGAGCUCCACCCUGCCGGGUUACCCACCGCACAUCCCUUCUGCUGCCCAGACAACAUACUCAUCCUCUGCCAUCACAGGCGUCGUAGCAGCAGGUGCAGACUACACGGCUCAGUCCUACAGUCAUUCACCCUACACUUCCUACGGUGACGCCUGGAGGUUCACCAACUCCAGCAUAUUGGGGUCACCCUACUACUACAGUUCGGCCUCCCGCACCGGCCCCCCAUCUGCAGCCGCCUACGACCACCUCUAGUGCCCGCUGUCGGUAAGGACUCUCUGCAAGUGGACCUUGAACUCUGCCAACCAAGACUGGAAACUGCUGACAUAUAAUGACGGACCGAGGCGUGAAAGUCAAAACUGGAUUUGAACUUGUGACUCUCCUGACGAACCAACACCACAUUCUUUUUACACCCUUCCACGGUCAACUAUGUCCACUUAUAUGUUAUUUAUUUUUCAAAUACCAUUCUGCAUGGUGACUCAUGCACGUUUACACUCUCAUCCAGGGCUUGUCUUCACUAAAUCAGCCUGGUGAUGUUUCACAUGGUGCAUUCUUUCCAUUUAAAUAUUUUUAAUGCAGUUUCGGCCAAAGACUUUCUUUUUCUGGUAUCAUCAACCCAACUCCACUGAUUGAGUUAGGGAAUAGGGAUAUGCAACUUCUUUAUACUGAACUAUGCCUGUUUUGUUUACUUUUUUAUUUUUACACAAUUUGAAUCCAUUCAUUAAAAUGUAAUAUCCUAUUUUUGAUCUACAUCUCCUUGCAAAAUAUGUUUGUGAUUAAAUUAGCUGUAAAUUCAGAUUUCCUGCGGUGAACAUCGACUGAAAAGGCAUUGGCUCACUGCAAAAUACACCCCUCAAAGAUGAUUAAAGUAUCUGUCCAACUAAAUGUACAUAAUGUAAAUGAUGAAUUACGUAUGGGACCGGUGAUGCAGUUUUACUCAGAGACUGAUAGGUGAAUUGAAGGAGAUGAGGGGGAUUUAACAACAAGGCUUGAAAUGUUUUUGUUUUUGUUUUUGCUUGAGAUACAUUUAGUUUGUUGUCAUGCUGGAAGUUCUGUUGUUUGGCAAAGAAAAAAAACUGUGACUAUUUUUUCUUAUACUAUUAUUAAUAUU